UUUCUUUUUUAUGAGACCAAAACAUAAGUUUAAGAGGAUAUAAGUUUCCUGCAUAUAUAUUGCAUCAACAGCAUAAAAAAUAAAUGUGCAUGCGCAUUAAACAGACAGAUUCAGGUAUAUUUAUGAAUUAAUUGAUCAAAAAUACCAUAAGGUUUGAGUUGAACGACACUGAAAUGGCACCCGCUCUGAUGCAGUGAGCAGAUAUCUCGCGCGAGUCUGAUCCGUGUUUGCGCGCGCUCACGUGCACGUGCCGCGGUCUCAGAGCAGUGGAUCUGUCGCACCGACGCGCGCUUUAUUAUGGGGACAGAGAAACACACACAGUCACAGAUUGUGCAUUUGCAAUUGGUAAAACUUCACAGCAGAGCAAAGCAAUGUGUUUUGGGAUGGUAUGCCUUAUGUUGACGAAGAAACGUUGGACUGAACAUAUGAGUUUGUUGCAUGUCUAUAUAAGGCUUGGGGCUGUAACUAUAUACAAGGAUGAAAAGGGGACGAUCAAAGUGUGAGAGCUUCACCCCCUCAGAGGACAGAAACAAGAGACACAGGAGUGUCACGCCGACGUUCCUCCAAACCUCACAGAAACCCACUGAGGAGAUGUGGGGCAAUCUUCCGCAUCACGUGGUCCUGCACAUAUUCCAGUACCUGUCUCUGGUGGACCGGGCUCGAGCUUCUUCUGUGUGUCGCCGGUGGAACGACGUCUUUCACAUCCCAGAUCUUUGGAGGAGAUUUGAAUUUGAGCUGAACCAGCCAGCUACGUCUUACCUGAGGUCCACACACCCAGAUCUCAUCCAGCAGAUCAUCAAAAGACAUGCUCAGCACCUGCAGUACGUCAGCUUCAAGGUUGACAGCUGCACAGAGUCUGCGGAAGCGGCCUGCGACAUCCUCUCACAGCUGGUGAACUGCACCAUUAAGACACUGGGUCUGAUUUCCACAGCUCGACCCAGCUUCAUGAACGUGUCUCAGUCACACUUCGUCUCAGCCCUGACGGUGGUGUUUGUGAAUUCCAAGUCCCUAUCCUCUAUAAAAAUUGAUGACACACCGGUUGAUGACCCUUCCCUGAAGGUACUGGUCGCCAACAACAGUGACACGCUCAAGCUGCUGAAGAUGAGUAGCUGUCCUCAUGUAUCUCCGGCAGGCAUCCUGUGUGUAGCCGAUCAGUGUCACGGCUUGCGCGAACUGGCUCUGAACUACCACCUGCUGAGCGACGAGCUUCUGCUGGCCCUUUCCUCCGAGAAGCACGUCCACCUGGAGCACCUGCGCAUCGAUGUGGUGAGCGAGAACCCGGGCCAAACCCAGUUCCACAGCAUCAAGAAGAGCAGCUGGGACGCCCUCAUCCGCCACUCGCCCCAGGUCAACAUCGUCAUGUACUUUUUCCUGAACGAGGAGGAGUUCGAGCCCUUCUUUUGCGAGGAGACGCCUGUCACGCAUCUGUACUUCGGUCGGGUGGUCAGUAAAGACAUGCUGGGCCGCAUCGGCCUGAACUGCCCGCGUCUCGUGGAGCUGGUGGUGUGCGCCAAUGGGCUCGAGCCGCUGGACGAAGAGCUGAUCCGUAUCGCCGAGCGCUGCAGGAGCCUGACGGCCAUCGGCCUGGGCGAGUGUGAGGUCACCUGCAGUGGCUUAAUGGAGUUCGUGAAGAUAUGCGGCGGCCGCUUGAGUCAGCUGUCCAUCAUGGAGGAGGUGCUCAUCCCUGACAACACGUACAACAUCGAGCAGAUCCACAGCGAGGUCUCCAAACAUUUGGGCCGGAUUUGGUUUCCUGAUAUGAUGCCCACAUGGUAGAUGCAUCAAAGCACUUAGAUAUCCACUCUAGUCUUCCUAUGUAAAUAAGCAGUCUGCAUUUGGCAGCCAUUAGACAGAACUGGGUAAUUAAAAUUUAGCAUUGGGAAACGGAACAUCUGGAUCAUUAGUGUGGAAGAGCUGCUGUAGUAGAAACAUGACUUGUGAUUGGAUCUCAGAGAUGGGAUUUGAAUGUAAAGUGUUUACAGUUCCACACAAGUGCGCACACGUGAAACCAGUUCUUUAUGUAAAAUUCAUUGGGCCUCAGGGACUUGUAUUUUAUGGCCUAACCUUUCUUCUAUAGCCUAGCCAGAAUACAGCUACUAGUUGUAGAAGAAAAGGAAGACUUUUCUCAGUGACAGAUCCUAACAAGUCAUUUGGUAACACUACUUACUAUAAGGUUUCAUUUGUUAAAGGGUUAGUUCACCCAAAAAUGAAAAUUAUCCCAUGAUUUACUCACCCUCAAGCCCCAUCCUAGGUGUAUAUCUUCUCUCAGACGAACACAACUGGAGUUAUAUUAAUAAUAUCCUGGCUCUUCCAAGCUUUAUAAUGGGAGUGAUUUUGAAGCCCAAAAAAGCACAUCCAUCCAUCAUAAAAGUAAUCCAUACGACUCCAGGGGGUUAAUAAAGAACUUCUGAAGCAAAGCGAUGCAUUUUUGUAAGAAAAAUAUCCAUAUUUAAAACUUUAUAAACUGCAUGUAUAAUAACUGGCUUCCGGCAUACGGCCAUAUGCAUUAAGUUACUUCAGUUUGUCGGAAGCUAGUUUUAUAGUUUAUAAAUAUGUAUUAUAGUUUUAUAGUUAUAAAUAUGGAUAUGUUUCUUACAAAAAUGCAUCGCUUCACUUCAGAAGGCCUUUAUUAAAUGAGAAUGAGAAAUUAAAUGUUAACAAAUGAGAUCUUAUUGUAAAGUGAUACCAUUCAUUUUUACAGAAAUAGUAUAAACUGGUUAAUUUAUUAAGUAUAUUUCACUAUGUUAAAAACAAUCAUUCUCUGGCAAUAGAAUAACUUUGCAAAUAACACUAUAUGUAUUAUAAAUUCAUUACUGAAAUUCUUAAUUCCAACAGGCCUUUCCUACCAAUUAUUUUUGUACUUGAUAAUGCAAAUGUUUUAAUAACUAUUGUGUACAGAACAUUCUGGCUCCUGUAAAACACUGUGCCGUUAUUUAUUUUGAGAUUUAUAAACAUUCAAAGUAUAAUAUGCAUUUACACUGUCCUCGUAUGUUACAUUGAAAUGAUACUGUGUAAAGUUUCUUAUCAUGGGAAUUUGAAUAUCUAGAUUUGGUGUAGUUGUAUCGAUUCUUAUUAAUAGCAAACCAGUGCAACUGAUGUGUUAUUCACUGUAAUUCACAAAAAAAGCUUUAGCUUUACUGGGAAGUGUUUUUUUUUUUUAAUGUUUGGUAGCAUAUAGAAUACUUUUCAAAGGAAGGUCAAUAUUAGGAGUCAACAAACAAAAUGUUAUUAUUUGUUGUUGUUGUUGUUUUUAUUUACUGUUUUGUGUUGGUCUCACUUUAAGGGGAGGUCCUACAGAUAGGGUUGUUCAAACUAUUAAAACAUCCACAAUUGAAAUGAAUAAAAAUGUCAUUUUUAUA